GAUUUUGUGACAUGUUCGAUUUAGUGAAAGACGGAUCUCAAGAAUAUGUAGUCAUUAUCCGAGGAGGGCAUCACCUUGUCUCCGUUAUAAAAGGUGCGGAAUUUUGGUAUUCUGCAUCAUUAUCGUGACGUUCAUUUAUUUUUCAGAUCCUGAUUUCUGAAAAUUCAUCGGAAGAUUUAUUCAAGUUUUGUAUAUCAUCUUUCAACAAUGUAAAAUGACAGAGAGUGCAGCAUAUCCAAAGACGGGGCAAUCCAACUCCAACGCAAAGACAAAGCUUCAGUUACUACUACGACAGAUUGAGAAGGCAUCUCGACUGGCUGAAUUUCGAGUUGAUCGAAUCAAGGAUCAACUACGUCAUGAUCUGAUUGAUUUAAAAGCUAAUAAACUAGCCAUGAAAUCACAUGCAGUUAGCUUCAGGCAUCUCAACUGUAUGGAUGAAAGUCAACAAAGAGAUAUGCUCAAAGUGGUUUCGCAACGAGGUCGUUACUACUAUUCAUUAAAAAGUGAGGUUAAAGUUCACAUUGACAGAAUGAGCUCCUACAAUCCACGCCUUGAACGUGCCAAACGUCUUCUUAUUCCUGCAAGACGAGAGUCACUACAGGCUAUGGAGAGAGGAGUAUUAAAUCUACCCGAUCUGGACGGGAGCCUUGCUAUGAAACGAAACAUGACGAUGCUGGCUGAUGUGAGUUUGGUUGAAGGAGAGCAAAGGGAAUCGAAUACACCAGAAUGUCUUAUAUUUCCAAGAAUAUGAAAAAUAUAAUUAUACCGAGUAAUUCAGAAAGAAUAGGCCUCAAAAUUACCAAACCUUGUCAUGAGCACACAAAGAUAUCUGUGAAAGAAUAUGUUGUCCCAAAUACCAUUUUCUGCGGAAGGAUAGACCUAUUUUACUGCACGUAAUGUAAAAGCCGAUUUAUUAUUAUCAUCAUCAUCAUCAUCAUCAUUAUUAUUAAAAUAUUAUUUGUGUUUUAUGAAUCCAGAUGUCAAUGUAUGAAUUGCAGUAAAAUGUAUAGCAAAAAUAUAAUUUCAACUUAAUUGACCUGAAAAUUGUUUGAUAAAUAUACUUUUUAUCAAUUUUCACGUGCAAUAAAGUUUACUGCAACUGAUGUAGGAAUAUGGAUCCAUGGACAUCUGGAUAAUCCGUUGCAGUCAUGCCUAUUAUACCAUGUACAAAAUUAUGAUAUUCAAUUAUUUUGGUGAAUAUACAUGUAUCAGGACGUAGAAUAAUUUUCCAAAAAAAGCGAUAUUUCAGGUGUAUUUUUGUUCAGAGUCACUCGGUAUAGCCGACUUACUUUGAUAAACCAAAUUCAUGUUUAUUUCAGAUCUAGCAACCCCCUCCCGAAAUACAAGGUUAUUGUCUAUGAUUUAUAAUGAUACGAACAGUAUGAAUAUAGCUAAUCGCAGUUAUUAAAAACCCCGAAUAUUGCUCCGGAUAGUGAUCAGUAUAUCAAAAGCCAUGACCUUCAACGAAAUCCAGUGGCGAUCUUGUAGCCAAGCUGUCUAGUUUUUAGUAAGUUGCUACAAGUAAAUGUAAGAUGUUUGAGAGUUUUAACUCCACAACGCACGACGGCCACAAGAACGUAGAAAAUGUAUCGUCAAUAUAAUGCCCCUCAUGACCAAGUACAACCAAUAAUUAAGUAUUUUUUUGAAAAUUGGUGAAUCAAAGUAGCAGUUUCGUCCUGGACUCGGGGCAAACGACCUAUUUGCAAUUUUCUUCCGCUCUGAAACUUAGAACGAAAUUGCUGUUCGGGUUUACCAAUUCGACAAAUACCUUCCAGCUUAGUUUGACGUGCAAUUUAAACUGUGUUCUUGGAUCCGUCGUGCGUCGCGCGGAGCGAAAACUCUCUUGUUUCGAAGUUUAGUCCGUGAGUAAAAUUAUAGAUCUUGUAAAUCUGUAAUAGAUUAAAUAUGUAAAAAAAUAAUAGUACUUUCUUUGGAGAAUGUAUAUAUAUGAAGAUGGGAUUUAAAUAGAGAAAGUUUGUAAAACGACCGACAAUGCGUCUGGUGUGGUAAAUCGCAUUAAAUGGAAACGAAUGACAAUGCGUCUGGUGUGGUAAAUCGCAUUAAAUGGAAACGACCGACAAUGCGCCUGGUGUGGUAAAUCGCAUUAAAUGGAAACGACCGACAAUGCGUCUGGUGUGGUAAAUCGCAUUAAAUGGAAACGAAUGACAAUGCGUCUGGUGUGGUAAAUAACAUUAAAUGGAAACGACCGACAAUGCGUCUGGUGUGGUAAAUCGCAUUAAAUGGAAACGAAUGACAAUGCAUCUGGUAUGAUAUGAAUUACUUUCAGAAUUACUUUUAAAAAUCGUAUCCUGACUAGUUUGCAGUGUGAUUAAUGUAUAAUUCGUAUAAUUUGCUCGUUGUCAAUAAUGUGGUCUCUGUAUUAACAUAAUUUUGUUUUAAUUUCUACCUUUUCAUUACUUAUGAAAUACGAUAUAUAAUAGCGGGAUCUUGUAACAUUUUAGAAGGGGAAGGUGGAAGACACUAAGAAAACAAUCAAAAUCCAUGCCAACACGAUAGGCACAUAUUGUUUGCGUUGGUUCCAAAGAGGACCGUCAAAAUGAAAAUAUUGAAGAUGAAAUGCACUUGUGUACCCUCGAGCCAGAUAGACUGUUGUGUGGAUUCAUAUUGCUCUUUGAAAUAAAGCAUCCUGGAAAAAACCCCACCCUUUUCUCGUUAAAAGACGAUUGAAAAAGUUUGUUUUGUGUAUUUGUGAAAAAACAAAAGUUAUUACUUGUUUUACACGUAAAUAUAAUUGUGUAAAUAAUUAGAUAGAUGAUCGCGCGUGAUAAUGUGUUCUGUAGAUGCAAAAUGUUUGUUAUAACUCGUAAAUACAUGUACAUGCACUCCAUUCCUUCGAGUAUGAUUAAUAGUAUACUUUCACUUGCAUGUCAUUAAAAAUCUUGUCAAAAACUUUUAAUGUUAAAAUUUAUAGUUAAUUUAAUUAGAAGAUGUAACUUUGGUGUAUAUUGAAUUAUUGAAUUGCAAUAAUUUGGAUAUGUACUUGUGGUAUUUGACACUUCCCCCUUUUUAAAAUAUCAUAAAUAUUUUAUAACAGAAGUUUGAGCUAAAUAAUUUAAUGAUUUUUACACCAACUGACUAACUUACUGGAGAGUGAAUAUUUCUUUGAUCUGUUGAAGCACGCUUGAGAUAGCGAACAUUUUGUGCGGAAUUCUAUUAGCUGAAAAUAAUAUGAUUUGAAAAACAUUGAAAAUGUUAUCAAAAUCGGACAAGAAAUAAGGUUAUGACAUUUCAAGUUUUUGCAUCAUUAUUUUGUUGAAACAUUUAUAUUCAUGUCUUCAUGAAUAUGCACUAAGAUUAACUUCUUUGGGGAUUACAGUUGUUUUUAUUUCAAAUUACAAUUAUUCGAAUUUUGUCCCUAAAAAUUGAAAUAAAAAUGGACUAACAACUGAUUUAAUGCGAUGGAAUGAUAUUCAUUGGUGCAAUGCUCACAACAAUGAAAAUAUGAAAUAAUUAUGAUUUCAUGUAAUACCAUAUAAAAAGGAAAGUAGGAUAUAGCAUCACCAGCCCAUCUAUAAUACAUGACGGCAUGCAUACAACUGUUUAAAAUUCAAUAACUUUGUUAUUUGUUAUCGUUGAGUUUGAUGAGAAAUACAGUGUUUUGCCUUGUAAAUUUUACUAUAUCUUAGAUAUAAUUAUUUUUUAGCCCAGAGUACCUCUUCUACUCAUAUUGUAACUAUCCAAGUUAGGAGUUAUUUCUUGUGCCAAACUAACAGAACACAAUAUACAUGUACAUAUGAAAAAAAAUCUUUAUAAAGUGUAUUCUCUCAAUGACAUGGUUAUAACCGCCAGAGAUCAUAUAACAUGUAAACAAAAAUUUUGCAGAAUAGUUACAUUUCCCCCCCCCCCACAAAGUAUACAUAUAAUGGCUUUUACUACUGUAUUUCUUUGUGUAAAAGAUAAUUUUUCAGUUAUGCUUUUGUAAAGAACAUUACUUGUAUUAUGAGAGGUGUUAAGAGAUCAAAGGAUAGAUGAUUACCAUUAAUAUUGCUUAAUCAACACCCCCAAAACAGAUUGUCAAUAGCGAGUUUAAAAAAUUCACCUAACUUGACCCAUGUGACUUUUGAGAAGAGAGUUUUUGCCUUUAUUGUGUGUUCACUCUUGCAUGACUUGAAAGAGUAACAUUAUUUUUAUACAGAAGUUAGCUAAUGAGUGUAGCAAAACUCCUAAUAAAUUAAUUUGCUAAA